CGAAGCUAAAAAAAAAGUGAAAUUAUUAAAAUUUUUAUAACAAAUUUAUGAGAUAAAAAAAAUAUUAUUGAAGAAAAAAAAUAUUAUAAUAAACAUAAUUUAAAAAAAAAAAAAAUUUAAUGGUGAAAACAACAAUUUUACCCUGAAUUGCAUAAAUUGUUAAUAAACUUGAAUAAAACUUGAAAAGAAAAAAAUACAAGUUGCAUUUGUGACAAAAUAAAUAAUAAUAACAAAUAAAGUAACAAUAAUAAUAAUAUAUAUAAAAAAUAAGGAAAUAAUACAAAAUAAACAUAUAAACAUGACAAAACAAAGCAUAGUAAUGUGUUUCGGUGCAGCUUUUGUACUGCUAUCAAUUGUUCACGAGUCAACCGGCUCAGCGAUUCCGAUGUGGGAAUACUUAAGCAGAGAUGAAAAAAUGUCUCAUUUAUAUUCGAUGUUUGCAAAGCAAGUUCAACAGUACUGCAAGGCGAUACAAGAUGUGCACAAGCCUCAGUGCAAACGUGAUUUAUUGAUGUAUGGCUUAAGUAAAUUGCAGGCAAUGAAUGACGGGCAUCUUGAUACGAUGGAUCCUUAUCAACGAGGUGCCAAUGAUAUAAUUUGGGACUCGAUGAUGAGCGGACAUCCAAUGACGAGUAACAAGAAACAAACUACCACAGAAGCUCCCAUCAAUUAUCCCACGGGAAAUUACAUUCACAAUCCCUUGUUCGACGAACCUCUUACUACCAACAAAAAACCCGCGUCUUCCGAUUCUUACGCUCUUGACAUGGAUUUAUCGUAUGCCGAUGAAGAGCCUCACACGCAAAAUCGUCUCCCAGCCCCGACAAAUGUCGAACUUCAAUAUCUCCAACCGCCUCCAAUGAACUCCCAUUCGAGUUACUUGUCAGGCCCGAUGGUUGUUCGCGUUCAUCCCGACGGAACGCCCGUCGUCGAAGACAAAUACAAACCUUUGCCCAUCGAUGAUGAUCGCGAUGAAAUGACAAUCGGUCGAGCUCGUCUCCCGAGCAUGGAAGAACUCUCAAAACAACAAAAACCACAAUUCGCGCAACGUUAUGCCAUCUUACCGCCCCCAAAUCGCAUCCAACCCCCCGUUAACCCCUUGAAACAAAAUUACGGAUAUCGGUUUGCGUCGCAUCAUCAACGCCGAUCACUCAAUUCACACUAAAGUGAUGACGAGAAGAUUUAAAAAGAAAAAAAAAUCAUCAAAAACUCAUACUACGUUUAGAGAACUAUGUGUAAGCUAUUUAGCCAAAUCUGUAAUAGACUGUAAGUAAUAAGUUAUAACACUUUAAUCAAGUGUCUCGCCAUGAAUUCCGACACAGGGCUCGGAAUUUUUGACAAAAAUGCUUUUUUUCACAUUAUUUAUUGAAAUAAAAUUGUUAAAAAAAAUAGAUUAAGAUUUAAAUUUAAGCAUUAAGUAUCUGUUCAAUUGUCUUUUAUAUUUUAUUUUUCAAAAUAUAUUUGAAAAGAUAAAGGAUCGGGUACGAAAUUUGAUUGGAAUAUUUCCAAAAAACUAAAAAAUUAUUCAAAAUUAAAAAUUAUUUUUAGUAAAGUACAAAAAAAAUACAUUUUUAAGAUUUUUUGACUG